UUGGUUAGUUUGUAUGUAUACAUACAGAAUAAAGGUUCAUCAAAACUUUUCGGAGUUAAACAAUUAUUACUUCGCAUAGUAUUAAAUUAACAUGGUCACACGAUUACACAUUAAUGAGAAAGAUUUAGUUAAUCGAGACGAGUCCGAGUUACAUUUUAUGCCAUGUAAAAUUCAUGGAGACGAAGCUGCGAAUGUUUCGUCCUUUUUCAAGCCUUACAUUCGUAAGCUAGAUGAAGAAUAUUAUGAUUGUUCUUUUCGUGGCUAUCCACUUCAAGGGAAAAAAAUAACUGUACCUGCUGGAUUCAGAGGCAUGAUGUUUAUGGAAAAUAAAAAGACAGAAACAGAAAAUAAGGACAGGAAUUUGUAUUGCACAGGGACUUUUUCACAGUUAAUGUAUUGGAAUUAUGAUAAAAUACCAUCUAAGAAUGAUGCUUUUGUGGCAGCAUUAGAUUGGGUCGACAUAGCUAAAGUGUUACAUUCACCAGAAACAUAGAUGAUAUCAGAAGCAGAUUAUUUUAAUAAGAUAUAAAAUAAAUAUAUGUUCUUGUCGAAUGUUACAUUUUAUACUUUGAUAGGAAAAAAAAAUAAUAAAAGCAUGUUUUGUAUAACAGAUUUAUUUUUAUGGCAUCAUACUCAAGUGGUUAUGCCAUAAAUAAUGACCUGCAUAUGUUCUAUGAUUAAGAUGUGUAAAGAGAUAGUGACAGAUAUAAUGGUAGUAUUGUUAUAGCCUAAUUAGCAGUGACAUUUGAAGAAUUUCCUAUUUAAAUAUUUGUGGACUUCAUUAUUUCGUUUAAUGUAAUAAUACAAUUAUAUAAAUGCAUUCUGCUGAUUUUUCUUGAAUGUGUAAAUCUGUUUUAUGGAAGAUUAUAUAUAUAUAUAUAUAUUUUUUUUAUAUAGCUUUAUAUUUAAUUUUAUAUUAAAUGCAUUUAUAUAGUGUCGUCAAAAUAGCUUAUGACAUCUAUAAUAAGUUUAGGAUGUAUCUGAGCAUCCAUACAUGCUAUCUUAGUUAUACAAAUGUGAGAUUUACAAAAUACAUUUUUCAGUACGCAA